AUGCCUGGUGUUGAUUUGGCCCCGCUCGUGGCCGACGAUACUCGAAUCCUCGGCCAGGAUCCUCUCAUCCCCCCUGCCCUUCUCAGCUCAGAGAUUCCUCUGCCCGAGAAAGCUCUCCAGACCGUCGUCAAGGGUCGCGUCGAAGCCGCCGAGAUUGUCACCGGCAGCAAUGACCGCCUUCUUGUGGUAGUCGGGCCAUGCUCCAUCCACGACCCCGCCGCCGCUCUUGAGUACGCUGCCCGUCUCAAGGAGCUGUCCAACAAGCUGUCCAACGACCUGUGCAUCAUCAUGCGGGCCUACCUUGAGAAGCCUCGCACCACCGUCGGCUGGAAGGGUCUCAUCAACGACCCCGACAUUGACGAGUCCUUCCAGAUCAACAAGGGCCUCCGUGUCUCGCGCAAAAUGUUUGUCGACCUCACCUCGAGCGGCAUGCCCAUUGCCAGCGAGAUGCUCGACACCAUCUCCCCCCAGUUCCUCGCCGACUGCAUCUCCGUGGGUGCCAUUGGUGCCCGGACCACCGAGUCCCAGCUCCACCGCGAGCUGGCCUCUGGCCUCUCCUUCCCCGUGGGCUUCAAGAAUGGCACCGACGGCAACCUUGGCGUCGCCAUUGACGCCAUCGGCUCGGCCGCCGCCAAGCAUCACUUUAUGGGUGUCACCAAGCAGGGCCUGGCGGCCAUCACCCGCACGAGCGGCAACGAGCACGGCUUCGUCAUCCUGCGCGGCGGAAGCAAGGGGCCCAACUACGACAAGGAGAGCGUGCAGGCCGCCAAGCAGACCCUGACGGACAAGAAGCAGAAGCAGGCCAUCAUGGUCGACUGCUCGCACGGCAACUCGCAGAAGAACCACAACAACCAGCCCAAGGUCGCCAAGGCCAUCGCCGAGCAGCUGCGCGAGGGAGAAAAGUCGAUCAUUGGCGUCAUGAUCGAGUCCAACAUCAACGAGGGCAACCAAAAGGUCCCCGCAGAGGGCCCGGCCGGCCUCAAACAAGGCGUCAGCAUCACCGAUGCCUGCAUCAAGUGGGAGGACACUGUCACCGUGCUGGAGGAUCUCGCGGCCGCCGUGCGCGCUCGGCGCUCGGUCAAUGGUUCGUAA